AUGCCAGGCACAAAACGGUUUCAACAUGUGAUUGAGACCCCGGAGCCUGGCAAGUGGGAGUUGUCUGGGUAUGAGGCAGCCCUGCCCAUCACAGAGAAGUCAAACCCACUGACCCGGGAUCUGUACAAAGCAGAUGCCGAGCAGAUUGUUCGAUUGCUGGGGCAAUGUGAUCCUGAGAUCUUCCAGGAGGAGGGACAAGUCAUGCCCACAUGCCAGUGACUCAACAGUGAGUCAACUCUGACCACCAUGGUACAAGUGGCUGGAAAAGUUCAGGAAGUGCUGAAGGAGCCUGAGGGAGGCGCUGGUGGGGCUGAGUGGAGGGGCACCUCUGGCAGGAUGGCAUUCCUCAUGUCGGUCUCCUUUAACCAGCUGAUGAUAGGUCUAGGACAGAAACCUCUUUACACCUACCUCAUUGCAGGAGGUGACAGGUCUGUGAUGGCCUCUAGGGAGGGGACGGAAGAUAGUGCCCUGGAUGGGAUCGAGGAACUGAAGAAGUCUGUGGCUGCUGGGAAGAAGAGGGUGAUUGUCAUUGGCAUUUCAGUGGGACUCUCUGCUCCCUUUGUGGCAGGCCAGAUGGACUACUGCACGGAUAACCCAGCCGUCUUUUUGCCAGUCCUGAUGGGUUUCAACCCAGUGAGCAUGGCCAGGAAUGACCCCAUUGAAGACUGGAGUUCAACAUUUCGAGAAAUAGCAGAGCAGAUGCAGAAACUGCCAGAGAAAACAGAAAGCUUCGUGCUCAAUCCAGCAACUGGGCCUGAGGGCCUCAAUGGCUCCUCCCGGAUAAAAGGUGGAAGUGCCACCAAGAUCCUGCUGGAAACCCUGUUACUGGCAGCUCACAAGACUGCGGACUGGAGCAUCGCAGCAUCUCCGAGAUGCCUUCUGGAAAUCCUGCAGACAUCUGAGUGGGCUCAUCAGGUGACCUAGAGUCAAAGCCCCAAGAUCGCCGCCCUGAUGAAGCAAGUCAGCACCGGCCUGGAGAAAAAAGGCUGAGUAGACCUGGUUGGCUGGCAGACCCUGGGCAUCAUUGCCAUCAUGGAUGGAGUAGAGUGCAUCCACACCUUUGGUGCUGAUUUCCAAGAUGUCCAUGGCUUUCUCAUUGGUGAUCACAGUGACAUGUUUAACCAGAAGGCUGAGCUCAUCAACCAGGGUGCCCAUUUCUCCUUCUCCCAGGAAGACUUCUUGACUUCCAUCCCAGAAAUUGACACUGUGGUCUUCAUUUUUACCCUGGAUGACAACCUCAAGGAGGUGCAGAUGCUCGUGGAGCAGGUGAAAGAGAAGACCUCCAACAUCCAGGCCUUGGCACACAGCACUGUGCGGCAGUCUCUGCCGGAGAGGACCCCUCUGAAGAAGCUCUUUCCCUCCAUCAUCAGCAUCACGUGGCCACUGCUUUUCUUCGAAUAUGACGGGGAAUUCAUCCAGAAGUUCCAGCAUGAGCUAAGCGCCAAGUGGGUGCUGAAUACAGUGAGUACAGGGGCCCAUGUGCUUCUUGGGAAGAUCCUCCAAAACCACAUGUUGGACCUCCACAUUUGCAACUCCAAGCUCUUCUGGCGGGCUCUGGCCACUCUACAGCGGUUCUAGGGACAGCCCAAGGUUCGAUGCAUCGAGAGCCUCCUCCAGGUGAUCCACUUCCCUCAGCCACUGUUGGAUGAUAUUCGAGCAGCUCCCAUCUCCUUCCACGUCCAGGUUGCACAUGUGAAGGAACAGGUGAUCCCCAUAGCCUUGCUGAGCCUCCUAUUCCGGUGCUCCGUCCCUGAGACCCAGGCAUACCUGGCUGCAGCUCCCUCUGUCCGUGAGGCUGUCAGGAGCGCCCGCACCCGGCCAGGUCGGAAGCGCAACGCGGACCUCUUGGAGACCCUAGUUCGGGCUGUGCCGUGA